AUGGAGAAACAGGCGGAACAUGGAGUCGGGGAGGUUGAUCGGAGCCUGGAGGGAGGGUAUUCCCAGAUUAACAAAAAGAAAGAGAGCGCACUUUUGAGGAAGAUUGACCUACACCUAAUGGUUCCCCUUUGGAUCGUUUUUGUCUUUGGUUUCUUGGAUCGUAUCAAUCUUGGAAAUGUCAGUGUUCUGGGGAUUCUCCCGGAACUCAACAUGACUGGGACGGACAUGAGUAUUGCAAUGCAGAUUUUCUUUGUGCCAUAUAUCUUAGCAGACAUUCCGAGCAACAUUAUUCUCAAGCGAUUCUCGCCAUCGACGUGGAUAAGCGUGUUAACUUUCUGCUGGGGCAUCGUGUGCAUGUGUCAAGGAGUUGUCAAAAAUAGCUCUGGUCUCAUCGCCUGUCGUUUCUUCUUGGGUCUCUGCGAAGGGGGAUUCGUGCCGGGAUGUGCGUAUCUCAUGUCAAUGUAUUAUCCACGACAUGAUUUUCAAAAGCGCUUCUCUCUUCUGUGGGUAGCUGGCCUUGUCGCUGGUGCCUUUGGUGGUUUGCUGGCAUACGCACUUCAUCAUAUGCAUGGACUGAGUGGUUAUUCGGGCUGGCGCUGGAUUUUCAUCAUUGAAGGCCUUCUAUCCAUCGCCGCGGCCAUCCCUGCCAAGUUCAUCAUAGCCGACUGGCCUGAGCAGGCAAAAUUCCUCGACGAGGAAGAAAAGAAGCUGCUGAAGAGCCGUAACUCUCGUGAUAUCGGUGAAGGGGCCAGAAUGGAUCGACUUGAUGCCGCAGCAUGGAAGCGAAUAAUGUCUGAUUGGAAGAUCUACGUGGGAAGUCUGGUUUACCUCGGUAUCACAGUCUCGGGGUAUGCAACGGCCCUUUUCAUCCCCUCAAUUGUGAACUCAUUGGGCUACGACGGUGUUCAGACCCAGAUACAAAGCAUCCCAGUCUGGGCCGUGGCAGCUGCCGUCACUAUAAUCGUUUCUUACCUGACAGAUCGUGUGCAACACCGUUUCGGGUUUGUAAUAUUCGGGGUCGUCUUUUCCUGCAUCGGAUACAUCAUUCUGCUGUGCCAGGGACCACUUUCGGGUGGGUUAAACGUGCGAGUGCGCUAUAUGGCAGUUUUCUUCGUGACCACGGGGUGUUACAUCGUUCAACCAGUGGCCAUCGUCUGGUUUGCCAACAAUUUGAGUGGACAUUACAAGCGUGCUAUCGGGCUUGCCCUUCAAGUCGGAUUCGGAAACAUCGGUGGUAUUAUCGCCAGCAAUAUCUUCAACAGAGAUGCCGCCCCUCAAUACGUCGUUGGAUAUAGUGUCUCACUUGCGAUGAUGGUGUUUUGUGGCAUUAUGAGUACGAUCUUCGCAGCAGGGCUAGCCAUCGAGAACAAGAGAAGAGAUCAGGGAAAGCGCGAUGAUCGGUUUCGGUUGGAUGCAGAGACUUUCAACAAUCUAGGAGAUGAUGACCCAAGGUUCCGUUUCAGUCUUUGA